CACCGCACACACCACACAGCACACGCAGCGCCGGGCACCGCACCAGGCACCGCACCGCGCCGGGUCACUUCUGUCCUGCCCCCAGCGGGUCCCGCUCCGCGCUCAGGAAUGCCACAGUAAGAGAAAGACAUGAAGUAUCUUUAAAGGAAUUCUGCUUUUGAUCAAACUGCUAAAAAUGGAUAUGAACACUAUUUUCUCCUUUGAGUUUUUGAUAAAUGGACAUUGACAUGGACUACGAAAGACCCAACGUUGAAACUAUCAAGUGUGUGGUGGUUGGAGAUAAUGCAGUGGGAAAGACUCGUCUGAUCUGUGCAAGAGCCUGCAACACAACCUUGACUCAGUAUCAGCUGCUGGCAACUCACGUCCCAACUGUCUGGGCCAUUGAUCAGUACCGUGUCUGCCAAGAGGUCCUCGAACGCUCAAGAGAUGUUGUGGAUGAAGUGAGUGUUUCUCUCAGGCUGUGGGAUACAUUUGGGGACCACCACAAAGACAGGCGCUUUGCUUACGGAAGGUCUGAUGUGGUUGUUCUGUGCUUUUCCAUUGCUAAUCCUAAUUCCCUGAAUCAUGUGAAAACGAUGUGGUAUCAAGAAAUCAAGCACUUCUGUCCCCGCACACCUGUCAUUCUGGUGGGCUGCCAGCUCGAUCUCCGCUAUGCAGACCUGGAGGCUGUGAACAGAGCCAGACGGCCUCUGGCAAGGCCGAUAAAAAGGGGAGACAUUUUGCCCCCAGAAAGAGGCAGAGAGGUUGCCAAGGAACUCGGGAUACCAUACUAUGAAACCAGUGUAUUUGACCAGUUUGGGAUUAAAGAUGUCUUUGACAAUGCAAUUAGAGCUGCCCUGAUCUCCAGAAGACACCUGCAGUUCUGGAAAUCUCAUUUGAAGAAGGUCCAAAAACCUUUGCUUCAGGCUCCAUUCCUACCUCCAAAAGCCCCUCCUCCAGUUAUCAAAAUUCCUGAGUGUCCCAUGCCGAGCAUGAAUGAAGCUGGAUAUUUAUUGGACAGCCCACUGUGUGCAGAUGUCAUGUUUGUUCUCCAGGAGCAGGACUGCAUUUUUGCUCACAAGAUUUACCUAGCUACCUCCUCUUCAAAGUUUUAUGACCUUUUCUUAAUGGAAUGUGAGGAAAGUCUGGACUUGGAUGAAACACAGUGUAAUAAAGAAAAUACAAAUAAGGAUGUUCAGACAAAUCACCCUGAGACAAAUAGUGACAGUGAUGAGAAUUCCUUGAAAACUGCUGAUGUUAAAAUUCCCCCACCAGAAAGUAGUGACUCUUUAAACAUGCUAGAACCCGAAUCUGGUGAAACAAACUCUGCAGCGAGAUCUCUGUCGUGCUGGGGUAAGGGAUUUGUUAGUGUGCACAAGGAAAUGCAGGUGAAUCCUGUCUCCAAUCGGACAUGUCCUGUAACUGUGGUAAAAAUGGAUUCAUCUGUGCAGGCCGGACCUUUUAAAACUGUUUUGCAGUUUUUAUACACAGGCCAACUGGAUGAAAAUGAAAAAGACCUCACAAGACUCGCUCAGAUUGCUGAAAUCUUGGAAGUAUUUGAUUUGCGGAUGAUGGUGGAGAAUAUUAUGAAUAAAGAAGCCUUCAUGAAUCAAGAGAUUACUAAAGCAUUUCAUGUCAGAAAAGCUAAUCGGAUAAAAGAGUGCCUUUGCAAAGGGACAUUUUCUGAUGUGACAUUUAAAUUGGACGAUGGAAGCAUAAAGGCCCACAAGCCACUGCUCAUCUGUAGCUGUGAAUGGAUGUCUGCUAUGUUUGGAGGAUCAUUUAUUGAAAGCUCCAACAGUGAGGUAGUUCUUCCCAACAUAAACAAGGCUUCCAUGCAAGCGGUUUUAGAUUACUUGUAUACCAAGCAACUAUCCUCCAGUCAGGAACUGGACACACUUGAGUUAAUUGCAUUGGCAAAUAGGUUUUGCCUUCCUCACCUGAUUGCUCUUGCAGAACAGCAUGCAGUACAGGAGCUGACAAAAGCCUCCAUGAGCGGCGUUGCAAUAGAUGGGGAAGUGCUCUCCUAUUUGGAAUUGGCACAGUUUCACAAUGCUAACCAGCUGGCAGCUUGGUGCUUGCACUACAUCUGCACCAACUACAACAGCGUUUGCUCCAAAUUCCGCAAGGAAAUCAAAGCUAAAUCUGCAGAUAAUCAAGAAUAUUUUGAGAGGCAUCGGUGGCCGCCUGUGUGGUAUUUAAAGGAAGAAGAUCACUACCAGAGGGUGAAAAAGGAAAGAGAAAAGGAAGAUGUUGCACUGAACAAACAUCAUUCAAAGCGGAAGUGGUGCUUCUGGAAUUCCUCUGCUGCAGUUGCCUGAACAAAGCAAAUAAGUGGAAAUCCAUAGCCAGAAAUUAUUCUUAUUUGUUAGAAAUAAGAUGUAGUUCAGGUUUUCAGGAAACUGUGUUCCAAGUGUGCAUUUAUUACUGCUAGGGUCAAAAGCACAAGCUCACUGAAAGUGAGCCUGGAACAGCUCCUCGAAGUCAUAUGUAUAUUUUUGACUGAUAAGCAGAUAAAUGUUGAGCAUUAUUACAUUUCUUUUUAUA